CGCUGAUUGUGAGGAACUAUGUCGAAAGCUUUGCUGAAGUCAUUAUAGACUACGUCUUCAGGUAACAUUCGGUCUUUAUGAGCGCACCAACUUUCACGAGUCAAUAAUAAGUUAGUGAGACAGAAAUAACCGUGCUACUUCUCAGAAAAAAUCCGGUCUUAACCGAGAUACGUAAACAGCUUCCGAAUAAUCUUUUCUGAAAUUUUAACAAUCACACUGGCUAGGCUAAUGGGUCGAUAGUUCUCACAUUUAUGUUUCGUAUCUGUUUUGAAGACAAGUGUUCUUAUGGCGUUCUUCCAGUCUUUUGGUGAUCGACCCUGGGUUACGGAUAGAUUGAAACUUAUACUUAGGGGGUUCACAACGAAGUUAGCUUGCUCCUUUAGUGAUCUAGGAUGCAUUUCACCGGGUCCCAUGGAUUUGCCUGUAUCAAGCUUAUUUAGCAGACCAAAGACAUCGAUUUCUUUAGUAGUCGCAUUGUCCAGUGUGUGUGGGGUUUGUAUGAACUGUCAGAAAGGGUGUCUCCGCGGUAUAUACGUUGCUAAAGUAGUGUGAUAAUGCUCGAGUCUUACUAUAAUCGUCCACUAAUGAUGAAUUAUUACUGUUUCCCAGUAGUGCUGGAGUAUUUCCUCAUCUUUUAGUCCUUUGGUUUAUGUACGAGUACAAGCGUUUUGGGAAUUCUAUGGAUUCUUUAACAAUUUUUUCUUCUGACAACCUUCUAGACUCACAGAGGGUCGAAGCACAAAUAUUUAUAGCUUCUCGAUAUUAAGAUUUUGUCUCAUCAGUACCCAGUAACCUAAAUCUCCCACACAUUCUCGUUUGGGGAAGGGUGCGAACCUCCAUGCUGAAGAGUUUCUCGGACCCCUGGGUGUAGUCCAUGGGAUAUGUAGAGCAGUAACUUUUCCGUACGUUUUGAAACCAAGACAAUAAACCUAUAUUUCAUCUGAGUAUAUUUUUUUACCAAAUAGUUCAACUGAAUUACUACCGAGAAACUCAGAACACCGUGUUACAACUUACUAAGUGAUGAAUAUAGCCAAACACAAGACAUGAAGUCGCUGACUACUCGUCAGAGUCGUAUACAGAGUUACUGAUUUUCCAAUUGCGGUUUGUGCGAUAAUUGUUAUCUGUGGCUAAAGAUAUCAGGCGAUAUGGAUUAAGUUGGACCGUAACAAAGUGACCAUUUCAUCCCGUCUUCUAGAGUUAAACACCGGUAGCAUACCAGUAUUUUCAUUUCCCAACCUCCUUCGUUUCUUUGGAACUACAUAUUUUUUCGUGUUUAGUUUUCCGCUUCAAAUAAUAUUACUACUUCCACUCAUUUGUUUUUCAUCCUGUUAGUUUCCGUUUUUUCUGAUAUAAAUUGCAGCAUUUUGGGUCAACAUGUUUGCGUUAGGUUUCGGGUUUUGUGGAAUAAACAUUGGUUAGCAAUUUGCACUCAAGUUGUUAAAAAAGUAUCCCUAAAUUAGGAAUGACAAAUUCUGAAUUUGAACAUUAUCCCACUUGUUAAGUUUAAUGUCGGGUCAGCUGUCGAAAUCAUGCACAAUCAUGCAGGAUCCCGUCUCAAACCCAAAUAUUGAAGAGGCCACUUAUGAUAGUGACAAAAAUUCUCAUGGAAGAUGUACUUCAUCAUUAUAUGAAGAUGAUGUAAAAGUUAUGGAAGUGAAGGAAAAAAACCUGGCCUCAUCAUAUCAAGAUUCUGAGUACACGCGAUCUUCUGAUGGUUCACAAUAUUCAGUUGGACGUAGUAAGGAUAGUCCUAUGGAAAAUAUUUCACCUUCCGAUAUCUUAUCAAAUAAUCAGGCGAAUGGAGUCCGUUGGCGUCAUUGUGUAAACAAUGGUCAAGAGAUGUACAUUAACGAAGCAACUAAUGAGAAAUGGGUUCCAGCAACUGAUCAAUAUGGAAAAACAUAUUAUUAUGAACUAAACACCCGUCAUUCCGUAUGGGCACUUGAAGAUUUAGAAACAUCACCUACAGACGCGCCACAUUCAUCCGACUCAUUGAAUAAUUAUUUAGAUAUUAAUGAACCGAAUGCUUCCAAGGAAGCUUUUGACUGUUCAGUAUUUGAAGAUGAAAAUAAUGGUUCUUAUGUUAAUCAGUAUCCAUCUGUAUCUAGAAUGUCAAGUAUCAGUAAAGUUAAUCGGAGAACAAUGAGUCAAUCUAAAGUGUCUCAUCGAAGUUCACAUAUACCUUCUGAAGUUUGUUCAACACAAGUUAUCAAUCGACCUUUCAGUUUAGUCAGUCUUGAUGAUCAAGAUCAAGGAGCAGGUGGACGUUUUCAGAUGAAGAAUCUAAGCAAAGAACAUAUCAGUGGACCAAGUGAAAAUAAACUUACGCACUUUGAACGACGUGGUGCAGUUAUUCGUACAAUGUUAAUUGAAAAUGGGAAACGUAUAUCAAAAAAAUGGAUACCAGGUGUAUUACAUCUUAGUGGUCCAUUACUUUUUUUAUACAAAGAUAAUAAGCCUUCGUUACCUAAAAUACAUCAACCACUUGGUAAACCUGAUGUUCAAUUCAACAUUAGAGAGGUAAAGGUUAGCGAAGCAAACGGUGAACAAACAUCAAGAAAGAAUGUGCUCAAAAUUGAAUGUGAAACUGCUGGAAAGUUGAAUGUUCAUUUAGUACAAAUCCCAGCCAUCGACUAUGAAUCGUGGAAAGCUGCAAUACGAUAUGCGAAGGAUCUUUUGAAUGAAGAUCAUGGAGUCACGUUAGGACGUUCAUUAACCAGAUAUGAUUCUGGACAACCUUCUGUGCUCGAUAAAAAAUUGUUGGUUAAAUUGCGUGAUUUUUUUAGAACAAGACCAACUGCUGCAUCCCUACGAUCUCGCGGUAUUUUAAAGAAUGAAUCUGUAUUUGCAUCUACAAUCAUGCAAAUAUGUGAGAAUGAAGAUUCUGAUGUACCUAAUUUUAUUGUUCGUGCAAUUCGUGCUAUUGAAGCUCGAGGACUUGAUCAUGUUGGGAUUUAUCGAUCAAGCGGAAAUGGUGCUACAAUCCAAAAACUUCGCUGUGCCGUUAAUCAAUAUAACUACAGUUUAAAUUCUGAAAAAUGGAGUUUAGAAGUAUUAACAGGGGCAUUGAAAUUAUUUUUUCGUGAGCUUAAAGAACCACUUAUAACAUUCAAAAUAUAUCCAGAAGUUGAUCAACUAUUGGGUGAUAAUGAUAUAGCGCCAGAUUUAAAAGUGAUUAGAAUGCGAGAAUUGAUCAAUUCUAUGCCUGUCCCACAUAUCAACACAUCUCGAAUAUUUUUUCAUCAUUUGUACAGAGUAAUGCAAUUGUCCAGUAUCAACCAAAUGCAUUCUUACAAUUUGGCUAUUGUUUUCGGACCUAGUUUAAUUUGGCCAGAAGUAGAGUCUGUCGCAUAUAGAGCACUUAAGUCUGUACAGGUCCCAUGUAUAGAAUAUUUGCUUACACAUGUAGAGGAAAUAUUCGGACCAGUAACCCCACCGCCAGUUAUUUCAUAAGUCCAUACAUGGAUAUAAAUACUGUUUCUAAUAUUUUAUAUGAAUAAUAGGUUAAGUCCAACCAUUUUUUAAAUACAAACACAACGCAUUGCUCAAAAUCUACUUGUUUGUCUCCGAUCCAAUUAUCAUUAUCAGCUUUAGAGUUAUCAUCAAAUAUUUUUGAUCUCUUAUAAUGUUUUUCAAGUCCAUAUUGUCACAACACAUGUAUAGUGUGUAAUCUUUUGCCUUUUUUAAAAAAAAACACGCACCGAGUAGUAAUUUUGCAAUUCUAUAUAUUGUAACUUUCCUUAAAUUUAUUUGCUUUCUAGUAAGCACUUUUGUUUGCAAUAAACAUCACUUUAUACUUGCUAAAAUCAUUGCAAAAAUGUGAUACAAAAUAACACUUAGCACUGUAAAUUUCUGUUGUUUUCUACUACAUUGUUAGGGUUUGAAUGAUUUCAACGAAUAUCUUCUGUCCAUAGUUUUCGUUUUGUUUAAAUUGAUUCAUUUGUUUUACUAGUCAUUUU